GCCCCGCUGUUCCCCAUGGCGCCGCCCCCGCCCGCUCGGGGGGCCGCGGCGGGCGUGCUGCGCGCCGCGGCCCUGGGAACGGAACGGGCGGGGCUACGGCUGCAGCCGGAGCUUUUGCGGGACGGGACCGCGGCACCCGGAAACACCGGGUGGCUGAGGCGAGCCGAGCCGAGCCGAACCGGCGGCGAGGGGCGAGCUGGGCCGCGGCCCAGGCCCUGCAGUAUAAAUGGAGAAAUUGGAAAUACUGCCUCAACAAAACCUUCACUUGAAAAUAAAACUUUAAUUGUUCAGUUUCUGCUAGAAGAGAAAGGAAAAACUUUGCUACAGGAUUUGCUUUUAAUAACACUUCUGAAGAAGAAUAUAAGCACUGAGAAAAAAACCAUAGCUUCUUUUUACAUAGUGUACUUAAUAUGCAUUGUAAAGUAUCCAGCAAGGAGAAUGACUAACAGACUGAAGAACAAAAGAAAGAGCAAGGAAAGCAAAAAUCAAGAAAUGUCUACCAACUUAAAAUACCUUUCCUUGGGCAUCCUGGUUUUUCAGACCACAAGUUUAGUCUUGACCAUGCGUUAUUCUCGGACACUGAAAGAAGAAGGACCUCGCUACUUGUCCUCCACCGCAGUAGUUAUUGCUGAACUUCUGAAGAUUCUGACCUGUGUUCUAUUGGUCUACAAAGACAGUAAGUGCAAUUUACGGACUCUGAACAGAGUGCUGCAUGAUGAAAUCCUUAACAAGCCCAUGGAAACUCUCAAACUUGCUAUUCCAUCAGGAAUUUACACUCUUCAGAAUAACUUGCUCUAUGUAGCAUUGUCAAACCUAGAUGCAGCCACAUAUCAGGUUACUUAUCAACUGAAAAUUCUUACCACAGCAUUGUUUUCUGUGUCCAUGUUAAGCAAGAAACUGGGUGUAUACCAAUGGCUUUCAUUAGUAAUCUUGAUGACAGGAGUGGCAUUUGUGCAGUGGCCUUCAGACUCUCAAGCAACAGCUGCUAAGGAACAUUCAGCGGGAUCUCAGUUUGUAGGCCUGAUGGCAGUUCUUAUAGCAUGCUUUUCUAGUGGAUUUGCUGGGGUUUAUUUUGAGAAAAUUUUAAAGGAAACUAAACAGUCUGUGUGGAUCAGAAACAUUCAGCUUGGAUUUUUUGGUAGCAUAUUUGGAUUGAUGGGUGUAUAUAUUUAUGAUGGAGAACAACUGUCAAAGAAUGGAUUUUUUCAAGGAUAUAAUAAACUCACAUGGAUAGUUGUCAUUCUACAGGCACUUGGAGGCCUUGUGAUUGCUGCUGUUAUAAAAUAUGCAGACAACAUUUUAAAGGGGUUUGCAACAUCUCUCUCUAUUAUACUGUCAACACUGAUUUCCUAUUUCUGGCUACAAGAUUUUGUCCCUACAAGUGUCUUUUUCUUCGGAGCCAUUCUUGUAAUAGCAGCUACUUUCCUAUAUGGUUAUGAUCCAAAGCCUGCAGGAAAUCCCAUUAAGGCAUAGCAGACUUCCUUACAAGCCUGCUUCUCGAGAUCAUGUGUUGGGUGCCUCGCUGACGGUGGUGUGUGGGAGAUGGUAUUGUGCACUGGAGGGAAUGGAUUACCACGCUGAAUCUAAUGAAGAAGUGGUUAUGAGUAGUCUGGAACAAUCGGAGGAGUUAAAGAUGGAUGAUGAGACUGUACGUAACUGAUUGAAAAAAAUGGCAGGGGAAGGCCCAGUGCAACUCGCUAAUAAAAACUUGAAGGGAACGAGAAGUUUCCAAGAAACUGCAAUUGGGAAUGUUUACAGCUUCAACCUGGGAUUGCAUCAAAAGAAUUUACUGUUUUGACUGCUGCAGAAAUGUCCUAUGCACUCUUUGAAAGAGCACAUGACAACAUUGUCAGAUUGUAUGUUUUUGCAAUUCGACUAUUUAAGAUUAGUAAAUACAUUUUUAACUGUUUCUUUACAUGAAAUCAACUGAAUACACAUCAUAGUUCUAAAGUGAUGGUUCUAAUUAGAUAUUCCUUAUUAAAACUGUGAAAAUUGAAGUAUGAUUGAAAGGACCUUUUCACAAUUAUCAAAUAUUUUUAUAUUUUUAGAAGGCUGAUUAAUAACAGAAAUCUGUAUUCUGUUGCAUACAUAAAACUAUUGUGAGAAUGUUAACAUUCUCACAGUAGAAGGAGACUACACAAAGGGAGAAAUUCAGAGUGAAAGCUAGAAAUCUGUGACAAUACUCCACCCUUCCUCAGUACGGCCGUUAGUGUUCCCAAGGUCCCAGUAACCCUGUGAACACAGGCCAGAGGUUACUGCAGUGGCCUCGCACUAUGGUUAGGGCUGGGCUGGAGUGCUUGCUCAGAUGCACUGUUCAUUCCUUUAUUUUUGUUGAUUAUAAAUCAGCUCGUUGGUAGAACCUUUGAAGUAGUUUUUAUGCUUUAAAUAUCCUCUGGCGAUUUUUUUAACUACAAUUUAAAAAAAGGCCCGUAAUAAAUAUUUUAAAUGCAUUACUGUUGUCUGUAACAGCUCCAUAUGGAGCCAUUAUGAUAUAUCGUCUGUGUGCUGUACUGUAUUUUAUUACAGAGGGUUUUUGUUUUUAAAGCAUUGUUUACUCAUGAACUCUCCAAGGCUGUUUCAGUACAUUUGUACGUAAUGGCUUAAUUAGAGUCCUUGAGCCAACAGACCAACAUGGGUUCUCUAGAGCUAUUGAGUCUAGUGGUGGAAUUACUUUAAUGGAAAAGUAAUUUAUUGUGCAAUAGGUUAAUAUAAAAGCAUGCUCUCCUUUUGUUUUGAACUAAAAAAAAAGAAACCCAAAACCUAGAACCAAUCAGGCUGUUACGAACACUUUGCUUGUUGAAGUAUUUACAUAUAGCUGGUUGAGCCAGAAGCGUGCACACAAAAAAAAGGGCAGAACUAAUGAACAAAAAAAGCUGUCUUAAUCAUUUGUUUUCGGGAGGCCUUUUCACAACGGGUAUUAAGGUAAAGUGACUUCUCAUCCAUGUGUUACACUUGUAAAGGUAUAAAUUUAUACAAAAAGAUAUCAACAGUCCCUUAACUGUAGAAUGACAGGUGGUGAAAAUGUUUAAUUCCUUUUUUUUUCCUCUUCAUGCUCUUUCUCACUUCUUUCUUAUGCUAAUGAAAACAUUGUGAUGAGAGAUGUUUUUAAAAGUUUAUCAAAGUACCUCAUCCAGCUUUACAGAACGUCUUAGUAAUGGAUUGACAAGAGAGGAUUCCAUAAAAGUGCUGAGACUCUUUUAAUGAAGUAUUGUAAAUGCAAAAGGAAAAAUUCCACUUAUAUCAGCAAAGUAAGAAUGCUGCUUUCUUCUGUUGGUGCUAACGUGUUAUCAACUUUUUGUUUGUAGUACUGGAGUUAAAAAAAAAAAAAAAAAAAAAAAAAAAAACAGUUUUCAGAGUUAUGCCAAGGAUUUGUUAAGCUUUCUGAACUGUAAAUCGACCCUGGCAUGCCAUAGUUGUAGAAGCUAUGCUAAUAAGUGGGCAGAAUUCUCCCAAAUUACAUUAAAUAGACAUUCUACUUUAAAUCUUUCACCUAUAACACUCGGUGUGGCAAAAUCUAUCACAAAUUACAUAUAGUCACUUUACUGAAAUACAGUAUGAGGCAAAAUGCAUGCAUGCAAUAGUGGCGUACAGUGUUACUACACAAAAAGCUUAGUGUAGGAAGGGCAGAAUGCAUCAUUCUCUGAAAUGAUUUGAGAAGUGUUGGUAAUCAUAUUAUCUGAAUUGGAGUUUGGGCUGAACAGUAAUACCUGUUUCAUGAGUCACAGUAGUGGAAAUGUUCAGGUGAUACUUGGUUGGUUACUUGGGAAAUUUUUUUAUUUAAAAAAAUAGAGAAAGAGAGGAGCAGGUUGAGAACACUUUAAAAGCAGUUGCACAGUAAGGAAGCAAAUGGGUUAAAAUCACCACACUGCUGGAGUGCUGUUAAAUAUAACCCAGUUUGAAUAUGCACCAAUGUACUUAAGCAUCAAUUUAAAGGAAACAACAGAAAUAUGUUCUCUUUUGCCUUUGAAUAGAGUAAGUAAUUUCAUGGCUUUGGAAAACAAUAUACCUACUGUACUAAGGAACAGUAAAUCUUGUCUUUAGAGCAGUGACUCCUCCACUUUCUCAAUUACAAUUUCAUUAAAUUUUCCAGUAGAGGUGUGGAUGCCUUUAAACACUUUAUAUGCAUUGUUGCCCUGAAGGACGUAUGAAUUUGCAUUAUUUUAGUUGCCUCUCCUUAGCCCAUUAUAAAUACAUUAAGGCCCUUCAGGUUGAAAAGCAAUGCUCUAGAAAGAGGGAAGCCUGUAUAUGCUUUCUGGGAAGAGAAAGGAUUUGAGGAGAAUUUCCUGAUCUCAUAAACCUCCUGACCUUUGCAGUCUGAGAGCCUAUGUACAUUUUCUCAUAGGGAUACCUUCACAUUGGGGGGGGGGGGGGGGGGGGGGAGGAAGACAGUUUUAAUUCUACCACUCAUUAACUAAUCAAAGAUGUAUAAUUAGUACAAAACAUUUGGAAACGGAAGAUAGUGUGCUUUGAGUUUGCUGUAAAAGCAAUCUGUAGGAGUCAUAACUUUUCAAAAUUAAACCUAGCUUUCUGAACUACUUUUCUGAAAGAAAAAAAAGACCACGGUUUUGUUAGUUUAGUUGUAUAUUCAGGGGGCUAACCUAUACUUAUCAUAAUUUUAUUUAAAUAUUUAUAAAGUUAUAGCAAGGUAUUUAUUUGCAAUAACUUGGUUUUUUUGUUUGUUUGUUUGUUUGUUUUUAAGACUUGCAUAAUGGGAGUACUGGUAUUUAUUGAACUAUUUGGUAGUUUUACCUGAGAAUCUCUGGGAUGCCUGGUAAAUGUUCAAACAACAGUAAGCUGUCAGACCUAUGUUGAAAGCAAAAUAAAUCAGCAAUUCAGUGGUGAAAAAAUCUUGAGUGUAAUAAAGUAAGGUAAACAUUGUAUUUUUGUGCUAUCUACAAGUGCCCAUUAUUUUUUUUUUCCUCGAAGAAUUCAGGUAAAUAUAUAGUUCUAUUAAACUUCUUUGUUGUAGGCAAAUUGACACAGCUCCUCCUUUUUUGUUUGCUUUAAUAACGAUGGGUAGAUUAAAGUUCUAGUUCCUACUUCUACAAAGUAAUGUCUGUUUUUACUGUAACUUUCUAAAAACACUGCUUUAUUUUUCCUCAAGAAAUUGAUAUUAUUUUGGUAGCAUAUGCUUGUGUUUCAGUUAUGUCUACAGUCCUCUCAUUGAUUUUUAGGAAUAUAUACUUGUUUUGUCUUCCUAACUUAUUUUUAUGGCUGUAAUUCAAAAGAAUGUAAUGGAUUUUGUUAAACUGUUUCAAAAUUGAUAAAUUUCUUAUGUUCUUCGUUGUCUGUAACUUUCAUCUUAUAAUAUAUUUCCUUAUCAGCCCUUCA